CUUCUCGCUCCUGCGCAGUCUGCCCUGGCCUAAACACCACUUUAACUUUCGUAUUUUAGUCUCUCUCCCCUCCGCUAACAUGUCGGAGUACAGCGCGGUACCGGCACCCGGUGCUGGAGCUCCUCUCGGCGGACAUCUAGCUAUUGGUAUUGGUAACGGUGGCGGAAUAAAAAAAGAUGCCUUUGCAGACGCGGUACAACGGGCCCGGCAGAUUGCUGCCAAGAUUGGUGAAUGUGCAGGGGUAGUCCCUAUGAACAACAUCAAUGCACCAGACGGCUUUCCCUUCACAGCACAGAAACGACAGCUGGAGGACCCAGAUCAACCGGAGAGCAAGAAAAUGGCUUCACAGAGUGACGUUGACUCAGCCACAGCUCUGUCCAUCGGAGCCCAACUGGCAGCACUGGCCCAGCAGAGUACCAGGCUCACAACCACCUCAGAGGAGUACAGUGUUCCUGAUGGAAUGGUGGGACUCAUCAUUGGCCGUGGUGGAGAACAGAUCAAUAAGAUCCAGCAGGAAUCGGGCUGCAAGGUUCAGAUAGCCCCAGACAGUGGAGGUUUACCAGAGAGGAGUGUGUCUCUCACAGGGUCCCCAGACUCCAUACAGAAAGCCAAAAUUGUAUUGGAUGAGAUUGUGUCUCGGGGGAGGGGCACGCCCCCCUCAUCCUUCCACGAGGCGACCAAUGGGCAGAGUGGCUCGGGGCAGGAGAUGAUGAUUCCCGCAGGCAAGGCUGGCCUCGUCAUCGGCAAGGGAGGGGAGACCAUCAAACAGCUACAGGAGCGAGCAGGAGUGAAGAUGAUCCUGAUUCAAGACGCGUCUCAGGGACCCAACAUGGACAAGCCCCUGCGCAUCAUCGGAGAGCCAUACAAAGUCGAGCAAGCCAUGGAGUUGGUGCAGGAGAUACUGAGGGAGAGGGAUCAGCCUGGCUUCGGAGACCGGAACGAGUAUGGCUCCCGCAUGGGGGGAGGAGGAGGGGGAGCCAUGGACGUUCCAGUGCCGCGACACUCUGUCGGGGUGGUGAUUGGUCGCAACGGGGAGAUGAUCAAGAAGAUUCAGAACGACGCCGGAGUUAGGAUACAGUUCAAACCAGAUGAUGGUACAGGUCCAGAUAAGAUGGCCCACAUCAUGGGCCCACCAGACUGCUGUGACCACGCUGCCCAGAUCAUCCAGGAGCUACUGCAGAGCAUCAGGGUCAGGGAGGAGGGAGGACAGGGGGGUCCUCCCGGGCCUCCAGGCAUGUCUCCGAGUGGUGGCGGCAGGGGUCGCAGCCGAGGGGGCCAGGGGAGCUGGGGUCCCCCUGGUGGUGGAGGAGGGGAGAUGACCUUCUCCAUUCCGGCCCACAAGUGUGGCCUGGUGAUCGGGCGGGGCGGGGAGAACGUCAAGGCCAUCAACCAGCAGACUGGGGCCUUUGUGGAGAUCUCCCGCCAGCUGCCCCCCAACGGGGACCCUAACUUCAAGCUCUUUGUCAUUCGGGGCUCUCCGCAGCAGAUAGACCACGCCAAGCAGCUCAUCGAGGACAAGAUCGAGGGUCCUCUCUGUCCUGUUGGUCCAGGUCCUGGUGGACCAGGCCCCAUGGGUGCCUAUAAUCCUGGUCCCUAUAACCCAGGACCCCCUGGACCACAUGGUGGUCCUCAUGGCUACCCCCCACAGGGCUGGGGCAACACCUACCAGCAGUGGCAGCCCCAAGCACCCCAUGACCCCAGCAAGGCAGCCGGCGCCGCGGACCCUAACGCAGCCUGGGCAGCCUAUUAUGGCCAGUACUACCAGGGAGGGCAGCCAGGGGGAGCAGUGCCCGGCCAGCCCCCCGCCAACCCCACCGCUGGUGGCCCCGCACCCGGAGACCAGCCCCAGGCCAGCCAGACCCCCGGGGGCCAGCCUGACUACACCAAGGCCUGGGAGGAGUACUACAAGAAGAUGGGUGUCGCCCAUGCAGGAGGCUCUGCAGCAGGGCCAGCAGCAGCAGGUGCCCCAGGUGGAGGCCAGCAGGACUACAGUGCAGCCUGGGCAGAGUACUACAGGCAGCAGGCUACUUACUACGGCCAGACAGGACAGGCCCCAGGACAGCCUGCCACCCCUCAGCAAGGCCAGCAGACACAGUGAGAGGCCUCGGCUGAGACUCCUA